UUUUUUUUUCGGUGGUUAUAUCAAAAGCAGAGUAUGAGAUAGCAGACAUAUCCGGUGACAACGUACUCAGUUGCCCAUGAAACCUCGCUUAGACCAUCAUGCGCUUACAGAAGUUUAACUCGGUGUAAAUGUGUCGAGUAGUGUUUGGAUAACAAAACCACCUUCAAGUUUAAACAGACAAAAUAUGGAAAAAGGGAUCAUAUUUCUGACGCUGUUGAAAGCUGGAGCGAUGUCAUCACCAGUACACUGGCUGGAGAACGUCCCGGAGUGGAAUGUAACUUACGCGUGUGAGAUGUUUGACGCGAACAAUAAGUGCCAAUUUGAAGACAUAACUUAUUCUCCGAGAGCGUGUGGGCAGAACAUAACAGCGUUUAUGCUGAUGCUUCAGACUUUGAUGGUAUCAACGUGCGACAUUGCGGAUCCAUGUAGACGAACUGGAACUAAUACUAUAAAGGAUGAUGAAGUGUAUGACUUUAUAAUCGUGGGAGCUGGAGUAGCUGGACCAGUUGUAGCGAGAAGAUUAGCUGAGCAAGAGCCCUGGUGGCGAGUUUUGCUAAUAGAAGCAGGUCCGGAAGAGCCUACUAUGACAGCUUUUCCAGCGUUCGCGUUCAGUGCCAUAAAUUCGCAGCUAGACUGGAAUUUCACGACUGAACCGACUCAGCCGCAUCCGACCGCUUGUUUGAAGUCCGGAGGAAGAUGCACCUGGCCGAGAGGCAAAAUGGUCUCAGGAACUGGCGGGUUGUACGGAAUGAUGUACGUAAGAGGCCACCCUGAGGUCUACAAUCGAUGGGCCCAGGCUGGAAAUGAAGGGUGGUCUUAUCAACAAGUCAAGCAUUAUUUUGAAAGAGCGGAGAAUCCGGAAAUUCCGGGGUUAACUUCUGGGAGUCUUUUCAAGCGGACUAAAGUUGGAGGUCCGUUGAAGAUUGAAUACUUUCCGUACAAGCCGCCUUUUGGCGAUGAAAUCCUGAAAGCUGCGUUGGAGUUGGGCUACAGGACUACUCGGCUCUACGGUGAGAAGCAGACUGGGUUCAUGGUAGCUCCGAUGAUGACUGAAAGAGGGCUAAGAGGAACCACUUCCAGGUUCUACUUACGGCCUAUUGUUCACAAGUCCAAUUUAAAGGUCCUUACUAAUGCGCAUGUGACGAAGAUUAUCAAGAGUUCUUGGAGCAAGAACGCUUGGGGAGUCGAAUUGAUUGAUAAGUUUGGAGUUAAAAGGAGAAUCAAGGCUGAUAAAGAGGUUGUCUUGACUGCAGGAGCAGUAGGUUCGCCUCAAAUCUUGUUGUCUUCGGGAAUAGGUCCUAGAAAUGAUAUGAAGAAAUUGGGGAUUCCGUUGUAUCAUGAUCUUCCAGUAGGACGGAAUCUUCAUAAUCACGUGUCUGUUGGUCUGAAGAUGAGCAUUAAUGAUACAUACUACGAGGAUAUCACUCUUGAAGCUAUCAACGAGUAUUUAACUAAUCAGACUGGGCCGUUGACAAGCACUGGGCUGACGCAGGUGACUGCUUUUCUUGAGAGUUCUUUCGCCACUCCGGGAGUUCCCGACAUCCAGGUCUUCUUUGAUGGCUUUAGUUCCUCUUGUCCGAGAACUGGGCAAGAUCAUGAAUGCUUUGAUGGAAGCUUAGGUGUUUGUCCGAGAAGGAGGGAAAUUUUGGCAAGGCCCACUGCAGUAGUUGUCAAGUCUCGAGGACUUUUGACUCUAAGAUCGGCGAAUCCGUUAGAUUCGCCGGUGAUCUAUCCAAACUACUUUACCGACGAGCAGGACUUGAAAGUGUUGAUCGAGGGGGUUAAGAAGGUGAUUGAGCUUACGAAAACUCAGACUAUGAAGAAGUGGGACUUGAGAGUCGAUGAUACGGUUCUACCGGAUUGUGCUAAGUAUCCUUUUGGAUCUGAUGCUUAUUGGGAGUGUUAUAUAAGAAUGGAGACUGGUCCGGAGAAUCAUCAGUCCGGAACCUGCAAAAUGGGACCCAAAAGCGAUCCCGACGCUGUUGUGGAUAAUGAAUUACGGUUGCAUGGAAUUUCUAACAUCAGAGUUGCUGACGCGUCGAUAUUUCCUAAUGUUCCCAAUUCAAAUCCAUGUGCUGGUAUCAUCAUGACUGCUGAGAAGGCUGCUGAUAUGAUUAUCAACACUUGGGAAGGUUUAUGAUAUGUAUUUAGAUCA